AUGGAGAACUGCCUCUACGAUCCGCCGACGACCCGCAGGGAGCGCGACACGCUUGUCAAGUCCGCAGAGAUUGGGUCGAGUGAGCUCCCCCUAGCGACAGCUGGCGGUUCUGUAUUAGGAAGCCCGGUGUCUGGUACUAAGCCUUUGUUCCGUAACGGGGAGAAACCGGAUACGUCAGAAGAUCUUGACGAUUUGACCAGCGAAGAAGACGAGAUAGAGGAAGGAGAGCGCGAAACGGAAUUGACUGCUGCUGAGCUAAGGGCGCAGAAGCGGAAGAUGAAAAGAUUCAGGCUGACCCAUAGCCAGACGCGUUUCCUUAUGAGUGAGUUCGUGCGUCAGGCGCAUCCGGACGCGGCACAUCGAGAGCGCCUUGCACGAGAGAUACCAGGGCUGAGCCCGCGACAAGUGCAAGUAUGGUUCCAGAACAGGAGAGCUAAACUUAAGCGACUGACCAUUGAUGAUCGAGAACGGAUAAUGAGGUCGCGAGAGCUGCCCAAAGAUUUCGAUACAACACAGGCGUUACACUCGCCAUUCAGCACAGCUAGCGGAGGCAUGUUUGUAGCCUCACCUGAGCCGUACGCUCCCAUGUUCUCCUGGCGCAAUCCUGCGGGGUGCCCCAGCCCUAGCGCCGCUGGACGGAUGCUCGAACGUACGCAUCAGUCGUCUACUAGCAUAGGUCCAGCGCUCGGUAGUCUUACUUUCCAACCCGAGCUGGGAGGUGAUGCACCAUAUCUCCACAUGGAUCAGCAGAUUCCGGCCGGCUGGGUGGACUCUCCUCAGUCUAUCUCCCACUCAGGGCUCGCAUACGGCAGUACUGGGGAGUCGAACAGCGUCCAUGCUGCGCCCAUAUCAGAUUACAGUUCAAGGAACGAGCGGCCGGUGGCGCACAGAACGUUGUCCAACCCGUCAUUACCAUAUGGGCUAGGCCAUUCCUAUACCUCAGUUCCGGGCUUCCAAGCCGGCUUAUCAACCCGCGGACGCUCACUAUCUGGGGCUAUGCCUAAGAGGAUAGAACUGGGCGAGCCCUAUCAAACACCUCAGGAUCAUACCUUUGAGGCUGUUCCGCAAACAGCAACCUUCCCAAGCUACCAGUACUCCCCUCUAACAGUGCAAGACAGCUCGCACGCAUACCACAUGAGCGCGCCGCACCACACAACAUUCUUUCAAGAGUCCUACAUCCGUCACGGUGGCAGCAGUACAAGUCACCUAUUACACUCUCGAGAGUUUUCCGGUCAUAUGAACGAAGACGAGAAGAGCUCCGGGAUGAGUUUCUCAUUGUGA